UCAACAAGAUCAAUUUUCCAUGCAUGAACAAUUUUAAUUUCAUUUCAAACAAACCCCUUUCAUCCUCUCCUUCACAAAAUGCAAAGAAUCCCUCAGAAACAAGCCACCAAAGAGGGGCCGAAGCUUCCUGCAAGAUCAUCCUUAUUUCUGUCUCAGCCUGGAGAUAUCUCGACCGGGUCUCGGAGUCGUGGAGUCAGUAGUUUUGCAGUGUCUUCUCCUAGAGCAAGACCGAUUUGUACGUGUUCAAACCAUCCUGGUUCGACCCGGUGCAGCCGCCAUGGAUACCUGGUGCCGAGGGAGAAGUCGAAGAGUGGAAAUAAAGAGAUCAUAAGGCGAGCUUUGGCGCCAACAAAUCGUAGGUUUAGUCUUAGGUGGUGGAAUUUCCAGCCGAGGCCUAGCAGGCUUUGUAACAUGUCGAUGGCUUAAUUGAAUCACCAGAGAAAAUUGUGUACUUCAAACAGUGUAAAUUAACACGAUUUAAGUCGGUUUUAUGUUUGAAUUUUUGGCCGGUAUGCAUAUUGAUUGAAUUUGGGGUUUGUGAAUAUGUAAUUGAAUUUUAGUUAUAAAUUCUUGAUGCCUCCUUUCUGUCCAAAUGUGUUUCAAAA